CUCAGCCAACAAAGGCACCAAUGAGACAAAUACAAUUGAAGUAUUAAUUGCACUCUUAUUGCACUUCUCCUUAUAUCUUCUGCCAACUAAGUUACUCUUUCAUUUGAUCAACAACAUCAUAUCUUGGUAUUCCAACACAGCAUUUCCACGACCUCAUUCGAGCUCCUUAUACAGAUUUAGGCCAAUGGCACAAACUGAGAGUAGCAAAAUUAGUGCAGAUGAAAUUGCUCUGUACGACCGUCAGAUUAGGCUAUGGGGUGUAAAAGCCCAAGAAAAAAUACGAACAGCUAAGAUCCUUUUGGUGUCACUUAAAGCACUGGGCAACGAAAUAGCCAAAAAUCUGGUGCUUGCAGGAAUUGGGUCCCUUACUCUGCUUGACAAUGAGACAGUCCGCGAAGAAGAUCUUGGGGCACAGUUCUUCAUCUCUGAAGAUAACAUCGGACAAAACCGGGCCGAAGCCGCAGCACCACGCAUCAGACAGAUGAACCCGCGAGUACAGCUCCACGUUGAUACUGAAGAUGUCAAAUCCAAACCUCCCGAAUUUUUUGCUACAUUCGAUAUCACGAUUGCUACUGACCUCGACUUUGACACAUUUGCAACUGUCAAUGCUGCAUGUCGGGUUGCUAACCGGCCGUCGUAUAUGGCUGGUUUGCAUGGCUUUUACGGUUUUAUCUUUGCAGAUCUAGUUAGCCACGAUUUCGUAAUCGAGCGCGAAAAGUCAAACGUCCCAUCACGCACAAAUGAGACGAGAACAAGAAAAAUUCUUCAUAUAACCACGAAGGUAGAAAAUGAAAAGGUCAUCGAGAUGGUAACCAAGCGCGAGGUCUACACGCCCUUGAUUCUAGCAAACACAUCUCCCUUACCGGAGGAAUUUACAAAAGUUCCCCGGAAACGAAAGCAGGUCACUCCUCUCCUUACCUGCCUUAGAGCUUUAUGGGAAUUUCAACGCCAGAAUGGCGGAGUCUAUCCGUCCUUUUCGAGAUCGGAUUUGGAACGCUUUACCGUCUUGUCGAAUGAACGCCAUUUAGAGCUGAAGCUUGACCCUUCCAUUUUGACAGCUGAAUUUCUACGCAGUUUCUUGCAGAACAUCGGGAGCGAAAUCAAUCCAGUGGCGGCAUUCCUGGGUGGGCAUCUAGCGCAAGAUGCAAUUAAUGUAUUAAGCGGCCGUGAACAACCGCUUCAGAAUUUUCUUCUCUUUGACGGCGAGCGCAACGUUUCCCCCAUCUACUCCCUUCACCCUUUCUUUCCCGAUGCGAGUGCGAAUAAUAAUGGAGCAUAGGCCACGGCAUGUUGCACGGGCGGAUAUCAUUAGGGAAUUUUGAAUCUAGAAGGGCGGCCACUGUUUCUAGGCAAACCAGGCAUGGGUU